AUGUCCCGGUUGAGUUUGACUAAUUCGGGCCAUAGCGUACGGUCUAUCAAGUUAAAGAGGAAGAAAUUGUCCCCAAACCGAGUAAAAAUUGGUCGAAGCGUUUUAGUCGACAUAUACAGCCUGGCCUUCUCGUUGAAGUCUACUGAAUUCCAUCUGUAUUCUAAGAAAUCUUUUGUGCUUGUAAGAAUGCUUAAUAUUCCAGAACUUCGGAACGAAAUUACAAAAUAUCUACCAAACUCUGCAGUCUUAAACUUCCUAGAAGCAACUCUUGAUCCAGCUCCUGAACCACUGAAGAUUUGGAAUCGUAUUUUUAACGACAAUGGAGAAUGGCUAGACUAUGCAGUUGCGAAUCACAAUGUCCAACCUGUUCUCCUCUGUGGUAACUUCCAAAAAAGAAGUCCUUACAUCAUACUCUGUCUAAUGGACUGGACUGGCGAUCUUCAAGACGAGAAAGAAAUCUUCAAGAAAAGUCUAAGGACAUAUAAAAAGGACAAGAAAACAGGGUUACUUAAAUUUAAGCAGACUUCUAAGGGGAAGGCCCUCAAGAGGAAGGGCCUUAAACUGCGAGUAAUAGGCCUGCAGGAUGAGUGGGGGGAUGAGGAUUUUAACAUGUCCGACUGGGAGGCCCAUCGCCUAUUUUCUCACACGACUUCUGGAGAUAAGUUAAGUCUUAAGUAUUGUCUUUGGACAGAUACAGACAGGAGGAUCCGGACAGUAAAAAAAAACGACAUUCGUGGUAUAAAUGGCACGAUUACAGAAAUAAAGGAUCUUGCCCCAAUAUUCACAGUAAACCUGCCAAUAACUCCUGACAAAGGACCGCUAGAGUUGGUAUUCUCCUGGGGAGCCUCCGCACGAGGCCUUGGAGUUACAAAAGUUCACAUGGAUGAUAAAAUGCAUUACUAUGAACAACCCCUGGUUGAUCAUUGGACGUUCACACGCGAACUCUACUCUGAAAAUCGAUAUAGAAUAAAGGACUGGACUCGUGUUCACGAACAGGAUGCUAUAGUAGAAGGGGAGAAGCCCACAAAGAGAGUGAAGAGUGACAUCUGA